UAUAUAAGGCCCAGAUAGGCAAAGGCGCUCAACUUAACGCGUGCUUCUAGCCCCCUCGUACACAGUUACCAAUUGCACUUCCUCAGGACCUCGCGGCAGAAACUAUGGCUGCCAAGCUCAUCGCUUUCUUCACUGUGAUCGCCACAGCGGCGGCGGCCGCUGUCGUGCCCGGCUACCCAGCCCCAGCCCCCGUCGUCAAAUACGCCCCCGCAGCUCCCGCCUACGCACCCGCCUACGCCCCACACGCACCCGCCUACGUCGCACACGCACCCGCCUACGCCCCACACGCGCCCGCCUACGCUCCACACGCCGCCCCCGCAGUCCACGUCCCUGUGGCUGGAUACGCCAAAGCCCCCGCCUACGAUGCCGACUACGACGCUAACCCAUCUUACAGCUACGCCUACGAUGUCCAGGACGCUGUCACCGGCGACUCAAAAUCCCAGCACGAAUCUAGACAAGGUGACUCCGUUUCCGGAAGCUACAGUUUGACCGAGCCCGACGGCAGCCGCAGGACAGUCGACUACACGGCCGACCCCGUCAACGGCUUCAACGCCGUCGUCCACAAGGACGUCGACGCCCACCCCGUCGCCAAGCCCGCACCCUACGCAGCCCCGGUCGCCGUCGCCCCCAAGGUCGUCGCCCCCGCCCCCUACGCCCCCGCACCGCGCUACGUCGCCCCCUACGCCAGGCCGGCCGCCUACCACGCCCCAGCCCCCGUCGCCUACCACGCACCUGCGCCAGUCGCCUACCAUGCGCCUGCACCAGUUGCCUACCAUGCACCUGCACCAGUUGCCUACCAUGCGCCUGCACCUGUAGCGCCGGUUGCCUACCAUGCCCCUGCGCCGGUCGCGUACCACGCGCCCGCACCAGCGUACGCUGCCCCAGUCUAUGCUCAUCACUACUACGCCCCACACGCGCCCGCCUACGUCGCACACGCACCCGCCUACGCCCCACACGCGCCCGCAUACGCUCCACACGCCGCCCCCGCAGUCCACGUCCCUGUGGCUGGAUACGCCAAAGCCCCCGCCUACGAUGCCGACUACGACGCUAACCCAUCUUACAGCUACGCCUACGAUGUCCAAGACGCGGUCACCGGCGACUCAAAAUCCCAGCACGAAUCUAGACAAGGUGACUCCGUUUCCGGAAGCUACAGUUUGACCGAGCCCGACGGCAGCCGCAGGACCGUCGACUACACGGCCGACCCCGUCAACGGCUUCAACGCCGUCGUCCACAAGGACGUUGACGCCCACCCCGUCGCCAAGCCCGCACCCUACGCAGCCCCCGUCGCCGUCGCCCCCAAGGUCGUCGCCCCCGCCCCCUACGCCCCCGCACCGCGCUACGUCGCCCCCUACGCCAGGCCGGCCGCCUACCACGCCCCAGCCCCCGUCGCCUACCACGCACCUGCGCCAGUCGCCUACCAUGCGCCUGCACCAGUUGCCUACCAUGCACCUGCACCAGUUGCCUACCACGCGCCUGCACCUGUAGCGCCGGUUGCCUACCACGCCCCUGCGCCGGUCGCAUACCACGCGCCCGCGCCAGCGUACGCUGCCCCAGUCUAUGCUCAUCACUAAACUUCUGUUACCUAUCUUUGUUGUAUUAUUUUUAAUGAAGAGGUUACCUGUUUCUAUUCUAA